GCACAGGAAGGGGAGGAGGAGGAGGAGAAGGAGGCGGCUCCAUCCCGGAGGCAGCCGGAGGGGUGCGGGACAGACCCGGUCCUCUCGGCUCCCUCCCUCCCACCAGCGCGGAGCCUGCGGACGAGGACACUGCAGGAGCACCAGGAACAUGGCGAUGGGUGCGUGGCUGCUGCUGCUGCUGGUGGUGGUGGUGACCCCGGCACACUCGGCAGCACCCCGGCACAUUGCGGUGCUGCCCGAUGCCGGGGGCAGUGGGGACAGUGAGGAGGUCUCGGCCGCACCACCCAUCCUCUAUGUGACACCGGGGACCGGCCCGACAGCGGGGGACGUGGUGGGGACCACGGUGACCAACAGCUCAGCACCGCGUGGUGUGCUGGACGGGCUGGUGGCCUUCUUCAAGGAGUACCUGCUGCUGGUGGUGGUGGUGGGCUCGCUGGCCUUCGUCCUCCUCUUCAUCAUCUGCGCCGCCGUCAUCGUCCGGCAGAAGCACAAGGCGUCCGCGUACUACCCCUCCUCCUUCCCCAAGAAGAAGUACGUGGAUGAGCGGGACAAGGUGGGGGGACCCCGCGCCUUCAAUGAGGUGCCUGAUAAAGACCCCGGUGCUGAGGAGCAGCUCGACUGUGGGCAGCAGCUGCAGGCAGACAUCCUCGCUGCAGCCCAGAGCCUCAAAUCCCCCCCCAAGGCACCGCUGGCCAAUGGGGGGCAGGGGGAGAAGAGCCCACCCCAUAAGGAGGAAGAGGAAGGAGGCAAGAAGAUGAGCGAUGAGCAGCCCCCUCCCCAAAGCCCAUGUGCUGAGGAUGCAGCGGGUGCCAUGGAUGGAGCCCCUGAUGCACCCCAGGGUGGUCCCACAGCCCCUACUGGUAACUAGGGCAGGGACCUGGUCCUGGGUGAUCCUGAGGAGCUGCUGGCUCGUGGGAUCCCUGUGGACAUGCAAUGGACACGGUGAUGCUGUGCUGCUCUGUGUGUACGUGGUGGCUCAAGGAAGCCCCAAUGAACCCCCCCCUCCCUGUCUGACCCCUCAGCAAAGCCCUGGGGAUCUCUGGGGCUUCUCCAUCAGCCCCAUUGCCCUGGCUGCCCAGGGGGCUUCUCCCCCCCCCCCCCAAAUCCAGCUUAUUCCCUCCUUGAGCUCUCUCCUAAGUGUUAUUUUACUAAGAAGCAUCCUGAUCUGAUCCAGGAGCUGAUCCCUCUGGAUAGAGGUGCCGGGACCAUGGCUGGGGGGGUUUGUGCAGCUCCCUCUGUAUCCCCAGGGAUCAGGGCAGGGACUCACCAUAACCUUGAGCACCACGGGCUGGCUUUGCUGGUGGCUGUGGCCACCUUGGCCAUCCUUGCCCACCUAAAGGGAGAGGAUUUAGCGGUAAGGACCCAUCCUUUGCUUUCAGUGCCCCAGCACUGUGCCAGCCCAGAGCCCAGCUGGAUCUUUGCCUCACCUCCUUAACCCCUUCAGCUAAUAAUAAAGACAUUUCCUAUGCA